UUUCCGGCCCCUCUGACUAUUUUAAGGCGCGCGCAGGGCCGCGGUGGCCUCAGUCCCCGCCCGCAGUGCUUCGGCUCCCGUCCCUCCCCCGCCUCUGCUCCGGGCCCUGCCAGCAUGGGUCCCCGGCCCGGCUCGCUGCUCGCCGCCCUUCUGCUGCUCCUCUUCGGCGCCGGCAGCGUACACUGCGACACUCCCGCCAACUGCACCUACCCUGAGCUGCUGGGCACCUGGGUCUUCCAGGUGGGCCCCAGCGGGUCUCAGCGCGAUGUCAACUGCUCGGUUAUGGGACCACCAGAAAAAAAAGCAGUGGUGCACCUUAAGAAGUUGGACACAGCUUAUGAUGACUUUGGCAAUUCUGGCUAUUUCACCAUUAUUUACAAUCAAGGCUUUGAGAUUGUGUUGAAUGACUACAAGUGGUUUGCCUUUUUUAAGUAUAAAGAAGAGGGUGGCAAGGUAACCAGUUACUGCCAUGAGACCAUGACUGGCUGGGUGCAUGAUGUGCUGGGCAGGAACUGGGCUUGUUUCACUGGAAAGAAGAAGGGAAAUACCUUUGAGAAUGUGAACGUGAACACAGCACACCUUGAGAGUCUCCAGGAAAAGUAUUCUAAUAGGCUCUACAAAUAUAACCACAACUUUGUGAAAGCUAUUAAUGCCAUUCAGAAGUCUUGGACUGCAACUACAUACAUGGAAUAUGAGACUCUUACCCUGAAAGAGAUGAUUAGGAGAGGUGGUGGCCACAGCCGGAGAAUUCCAAGGCCCAAACCUGCACCAAUAACUGCUGAAAUACAGAAAAAGCUUAUGCAUCUGCCGGUAUCCUGGGACUGGAGAAAUGUUCGUGGUACCAAUUUUGUUACCCCUGUUCGAAACCAAGGGUCUUGUGGAAGCUGCUACUCGUUUGCUUCUAUGGGGAUGAUGGAGGCAAGAAUCCGUAUACUAACCAACAAUACCCAGACCCCGAUCCUCAGUCCUCAGGAGGUUGUGUCUUGUAGCCAGUAUGCUCAAGGCUGUGCAGGUGGCUUCCCAUACCUCAUUGCAGGAAAGUAUGCCCAAGAUUUUGGGCUGGUGGAGGAGGCCUGCUUCCCCUACACAGGCACAGAUUCUCCAUGCAAACUGAAAGAGGACUGCUUCCGUUACUACUCCUCCGAGUACCACUACGUGGGAGGUUUCUAUGGGGGCUGCAAUGAAGCCCUCAUGAAGCUUGAGCUGGUCCAUAAUGGGCCCAUGUCAGUUGCCUUUGAAGUCUACGAUGACUUCCUCCACUACCACGAGGGGAUCUACCACCACACUGGUCUGAGAGACCCUUUCAACCCUUUUGAGCUGACCAAUCACGCUGUCCUGCUGGUGGGCUAUGGCACUGACUUGGCCUCUGGACUGGAUUACUGGAUUGUUAAAAACAGCUGGGGCACUGCCUGGGGUGAGGAUGGUUACUUCCGGAUCCGCAGAGGAACCGAUGAGUGUGCAAUUGAAAGCAUAGCACUGGCGGCCACACCGAUUCCUAAAUUGUAGGGUGUACCUCUCAGCAUUUCAUACCGACCACCAUCCGUCAUGAAAGGAAACUGGCAUUCACGGACUGGAGACUUUUACACUAUUGCUACUGCUAUUUCAAACAAUUACAAAUAGAUUCCUAUGGAGAUUUGUGCCUUUAAAAUUAAAACUGCCCUUGAUUUUAAUAUACUUUCCCAUCGAACACCAGCCUGCUUUUUUCUGAGUGCUCAGUUAAAUGAGGUUUUUAUGAAUAAUGGUGAACUAUGAAGUAAUGAAUUUUGCUAAUCAUUUGUGAUUCAAACAGAUGCUGUAUUUUUAAAAAUCAGUGUGAACACACAGGCUUAUUUUUAAAUUGUAAAAAUCAUGAGAAAAUAUGGCAGUGAUUAUUAAAUUUAAAAAAAAAUUUUGUAACUAUUCAAGUGAUACGUAUUAUGGAAUUUAUGUAUGUGCUUAAGAGAAUUUGUACUCUUGACUCCUUCAGUUGUAUUUACUUGUCUCACUUAUGUAAGUACUUUAAAAAGGAAAAUUAUUUCAGGGUAUUUCAACUAAAAACAGCACAAUUAUGAACAUUUACAA